UUCGUAUCCAUUCCCAUUUCCCAUUAUCUUCCACCGCCGAGUCUCUGACUUUUUACUCGUCUAAUCUUUAGACCUUUCAAUUUUCAUACAUAUGAGAAGUAGUUUUUGAGCUUCCAAACAAUGUCUUGCUGCUUCUAUAGUUGUACCUCCGUACCUUCUUUCUCUGCACCCUCGGCUUCCCUCGGAAGCUCCAGAUUCGCUCUCUCCUCCAGUUCAAGGCCCAGGCCCCGAGUCCACUGUGCUCUUGGAGGGACUGUGGCAGAACCAAAAGUGACUGCUGCUACUGAGCCGCUGUUGCUUAAUGCCAUUCGUGGGGAAGAUGUUGAGAGACCCCCGGUUUGGCUCAUGAGGCAAGCAGGGAGGUACAUGAAGAGUUACCAAACUAUCUGUGAGAAGUAUCCUUCAUUUCGGGAAAGAUCAGAAAAUGUUGAUCUUGUUGUGGAAAUUUCACUACAACCGUGGAAGGUUUUUAAGCCUGAUGGGGUCAUUUUAUUCUCGGACAUUCUUACCCCUCUAUCUGGGAUGAACAUACCUUUUGACAUUGUGAAAGGUAAGGGUCCUGUCAUACACAAUCCUCUAUGCACGGCUGUUGAUGUCGAACAAGUGAGAGAAUUCGUUCCUGAAGAUUCAGUCCCAUAUGUUGGGGAAGCCUUGACGAUCUUGCGGAAAGAGGUCCUUGAUAAUAGAGCAGCAGUCCUAGGUUUUGUUGGGGCUCCUUUUACCCUGGCGUCUUAUGUGGUUGAAGGUGGUUCAUCGAAGCACUUCUCAAAAAUAAAGAGAUUAGCUUUCUCACAACCCAAGGUCCUGCAUGCAUUACUUCAGAAAUUUACAACGUCAAUGGCAAAGUACAUUCAAUACCAAGCUGACAGUGGAGCUCAAGCUGUUCAGAUCUUUGACUCAUGGGCCACAGAGCUUAGCCCCGUAGAUUUCGAAGAGUUCAGUCUGCCUUACUUGAAGCAGAUUGUGGACUCUGUAAGACAAACCCAUCCAGAUCUCCCUCUAAUCCUUUAUGCAAGCGGAUCCGGGGGCUUGCUUGAGAGGCUAGCUUUGACAGGUGUUGAUGUAGUAAGCUUGGAUUGGACUAUUGAUAUGGCUGAAGGUAGGAGGCGACUGGGAUCAAAUGUAGCAGUUCAGGGUAAUGUGGAUCCUGGUGUUCUGUUUGGUUCAAAGGAGUUCAUCACCAACCGUAUCAAUGAUACUGUGAGGAAAGCAGGAAGAGGGAAACAUAUUUUGAAUCUUGGCCAUGGCAUUGUUGUAGGUACACCUGAAGAGAAUGUUGCUCAUUUCUUUGAGGUUGCUAAAGGACUCAAAUACUAAAAACAGUUUUCUCUGCUUUUUGGAGUUUUGUAACAUUAGAGCCUCCUUUCCUGCCCAAGAUCAUUCACCUGAAUUUCAUCGAGAGCCCAGAUUGUGGAGAAAAAUGUUUGUAAGCAAUAACUUUAGUAGGUAUAAUUCCAUCCUUAUGAACAAGUUAAGGCUUGGAUAAUCUUGAGAUGAAGCUGGGUCUCUAAUAUGUAAUUAAUAAAGGUAUUAAUAUUCGUUGAACUAAAAAUCCAAAACCA